CGCGCCUUGGGUGGAUGCCUACUCUUCGCUCCCUCCAUCCCCCUUCACUCGUAUCGUAUCCUGCCGCAUACCUCCUACUGACGUCGAGAGAUAUCCUCCAGCCCGUCACUCGGCCCGUCCACCAUGGCAGAUCAAUUUGCCAGGGCGGCUGGCUUUGCUGGAGAUGAGACCACCGAAGCUAGCAUGAUGCCCCCACCCCGCCGACUGCCAGACAUGACAGUCGAUGACUCACAAGCGACUGGCAUGCUCCCUCCACCCCUUCCUCAACAAACCCAAACUCGAGCUCAAAGACUGCCCUCACAAGUACUGCCACCAUCAGGGGACCGGGUCGUUUCCCGCGGCAAUGUCGAAAACCGAGGCACUGGCAGCGUUGCCGUUGCAAAUGGCAAGACAGGAUCAAUUCGAGUGCCUGCCUCUCGAGUCCCUCUACAACCUUCCAAUAGCCAGACUGGUAGUAGCAGCGCAGGCAGUCGCCCGAGCUCAGCUCAAGCUGUGACCGGCCGGAGCUCGCUAUCUGGCAGAGGUGCUGAUGAUGACUAUCCUCUGCCAGACGAGGAAGAGGAAGAGGACGGUGAUAGCAGCGAUGAGCUCUUCGACCGCCCCAAUCCCAACAUGACAGCUGCCAACGAGACCACAAUAGCCUCUGCCGACAAUAGCGAGUGGCAUAGACAUAAGAAGGAGCAUCAAGCUACCGCGGGCAUUGGCAUGAAGAACCUUCAGGCACGGAUCGGCGAGCUGACUCAGGAGAGGGAAGACCUCAAGAUCGAGGUGGACAUUCUGAGGAGAAAUUACCGCCCCGAUGAAAAUAUGGCCGAGCUGAUCCGCAUACGCCAGGAAAACAUCAGAGCAACCAAGUUCUCGCAGACCCUCAAGACUAUCGGACAGCAGCAGAGCAGCGCCAUCAAGCAGCUGAAGAAGGAGGUCAAUGCGCUCAAGAAGCAGCAGGCCGGAGGAGGUGAUCCGGCAAUGGGAAAAAGACUGGCUGAGAUGGAGGAUGCAGUCACACUCCUGAAUCAGCAACGGGAAGACGAGGAAGCCGCAAGGCGAGCGGCCGAGGCCGAGGCUCAAAGACGCAAAGAGGACUUUGAGAAGCUCGAGCAAGAGCACAAUGCCUUGUUGGACAAAUUUGACGACGUGGAUCGUCAGAGGGAGGACAUGGAAGCAGAGGUGUACAAAAUGGAAAAGGAGAGAGACGAGGCGAUUGAGGAGCGGAGCCGUUGGCAGCAGCAGGCGGAAGAUGUUGAGGCUCGGGUAGGAGAGCUCGAGCAGGAGGCGAAGGAACGCGAUGAGCAUUCCAGUGCGCAGCGUGAUCUUGGUCACCAGGAAGAUCUUCAGAAGCUCGAAGAGGAGCUCGAGAGCCGCAACGAUGAGCUACAGAGGACACAACAGGAGCUACAAGAAGUUCGCGGCCAAUUGGAAACCACCAUCUCAGAGGCCGCCGUCUUCAAGGGCGAAGUCGAAGCUGAACGUGCCGCUGAAGAGGAAACAUACAAUGAGCUCCGUGAUCAGCUGUCAGCUAAGACCAAUGAGUUGCUGCAGCUAGAAGAAGAGCAUGAGCAGCUGCUUUCAGCUCACAAGGCCGACGAAGAAGAGUUCGCCGAUCUCGAGAAUAGAUUCGAUGAACUCCAGCGAAUCGUGGAAGAGAAAGAGAAGGAAAUCCUGGACUGCAAUCAGGAUAUUGCCCGGCUCAGCGAGACCAAUCGCCGCUUGGAAGAAGAGCAGGAGAUGAGCAUGGCCGAUGCUAACGAGGCUGAUGCUGUCCGCGCACAAGUCGAAGAGGACAUGGAGGCUCAGAAAGAGCACUACGAAAUGAAGAUGGAAGGUCUCAAAGGCCGACUAGCCGAUGCGGCUGCUGAGCUGGCCGAUGCUCAUGAGCGCAUCGGUAUCGCUGAAGAAGACGUUGAAGCCCUCAAGGCCAAAGUCGAGCAGUACCGCGAGAGGAUGAAAGUGCGUAACCAGGAGCUCGAGGAGGCAGUCUCCACUAAUGCCAAACUUGACGAGAAGGUGCAAGAUCUUCUCGCAGAUCUCAAGGAUGAGGAGAGGAAUCGUGAGCUCGAUGCAAGCGACUGGGAGAAGAGGAUGGGCGAUCUUGAGGACGAUCUGAGACGCGUCAUUGACGAAAAGGAGGACGCCCUCGCUGGAGCGGAAGACGACAUCACCUCCCUUCAGCAGACUCUCAAGGAUCGCGACGCUGACCUACAAGCACUUCAGAAAGCUCUGAGGGCCAAGGAGUCAGAGGUUGGCCAGACAGACAGGACCUCCUCCGCUGAGCGGCAUUCUCUGCAGCUGGAGAUUGACCGACUGAGGCGGGACUUGAGCCGAUGCGAAGGCGAUCUCGCUCGCACUCGCGAAGAGCUGGACAGGAAGGACGAGCUUCUCCGAGAGCGAACGAGUCAGAUGAACAAGGUCUACGGCGAGAGCUCCGACAAUGCCGCGAAGCUUGCGUCGGAGACGCAGAGGAGGCUCGGCCUGGAGGAGAGGAUCGCUACACUCAAGCAGUCCCUCCGCGAUACCGAGCAAGCGCUGGACGCAGCCCAAGCUCGAGCAGACGAUCUCGAGAGGCAGAGGACGGAUGAAGACACCUCUAUUGCCCAGAUCGAGGGUUCCAGCAAGCGUCAGAUCCUUGAGCGCAAUCAGCUCUUGGUUCUCGUAGCGCAGCACAUGGCCAAGAUUCUCUCCAACGACGAGGGCCCACCGGCCUCUCGCAAUAAGCUGAAGGAUACAGAUCCCAAGCCUUCUACAGACUUCGGAGCCUUCCAUGGUCUUCUUACUGACCGCAUUCGCAAGUUGGCGGAGCUCAAGCUGGCCUUUGAGAGGCGCGCCGCAAAGAUGCAAGGCUCCUUCACCGAGUCUUUUGCCAAUGUCAAGAAGCAACAAGACUCUCGUGGUCGACAGCUCGAGAGGCUUGAGCACUCUCUGAAGACUGCUGCUGAGAAGCAAGCUCAGUGGCGCUCCAGGGUUGUCGCGAAGCAGAACGAAUUGGAAUCGGCCAAGGGCACCAUCUCAGAGCUGCAAUCGCAGAUCUCAUCCCUCAAGACCCGCUCUUCCCUCGCCUCGCCAGGGGACAACAACAAGCUCACCAGUCUGACUAGUCGGGCAAACCUAGCCGAGAAGAAGAUGCAGGGUGCGCUACGAGAUGUGCAAAUGGCCGAAGAGAGGUUGAGUGAGGCCAAGAGCAAGUAUGCAGAGGGGGAGAAUAAGUGGAUGGCUCGUAUUAGGGAGUUGGAAGCGAGGUGCAAGGCUGCUGAGGAGAAGGUCAAGAGGGAGAGACAGGGUGCCAAGGAGCGCGUGGCGGAGCAGCAAGAACAGAGAAGGAAACUCGAGGCAGACGUUGCAGCUGCCAAACAACGGCAGAAGGUCGUCGACGAACUCCAAGCCGAAUUGGAGAAGAUCGACUAGGCCUCGCCGACGUUUCCGCCUCCCAUUUCCGCCUCUUAUUUGCCUUCUCUCUGUCUCCUUGCGUCAUCUUUCGUCCUUUGAUACCCUAGCUGCUUCAAGUCAUGCGAGGCUCGUCCAUUUUCUGUUCUCAGCAUCCAAGCCUGCGUUGCUCUGUUUCUGUCUUUGAUUUUCCCUUGUAAUAUACUGUCGCCUUGUCUCUUUCAAUCUGGUAUCGACGUAGCGGCUGCUGCC